GAUGAUACAUAGUGAGAUUUCUUUCAAAGUGAGAACAAUGGGAAGCAUAAGCUGUUCUUCAAUUAUAAUCUUGGGUGUUCUAGUUUUUCUGGGUUCUGCUCAAGCUGCACUGCAGAUGAACUUUUAUGCUAAGACCUGCCCAAAAGCUGAGAAGAUUGUCCUAGAUUUUGUGAAAAAGCAUAUCCCCAAUGCCCCAUCUUUGGUUGGACCCUUGCUGAGAAUGAAUUUUCAUGACUGCUUUGUGAGGGGUUGUGAUGCAUCAGUGCUCUUGAACUCUACAUCAACUAACCAAGCUGAGAAAUCUGGAGUUCCAAACCAAACACUCCGAGGUUUCGACUUCAUUGACAGAAUAAAGAGCUUGUUGGAGGCUAAGUGUCCUGGUGUAGUUUCUUGUGCUGACAUUAUUGCUUUGGUUGGAAGGGAUGCAGUAGUCACAAUAGGAGGACCCUCAUGGUCAGUUCCAACAGGAAGAAGGGAUGGACUCAUCUCAAAUGCUACAGAGACUUUAACCAAUAUUCCUGCACCCACUAGCAAUUUCAGUACCCUAGUAUCAAAGUUUGCUAGCAAAGGGCUUAAUUUGAAAGAUCUUGUUCUGCUCUCUGGCGCCCACACAAUUGGUAAUGCUCACUGCAAUCAAUCAUUUGCAGCCCGCCUCUACAAUUUCAGUGGCACUGGUGGACAAGAUCCUUCACUAGAUAGCGAGUAUGCUGUCGCACUGAAAGCCAAGUGCAAGACUCCCCUUGAUAACACCACAAUAUUUGAGAUGGAUCCAGGCAGUUUCAGGACAUUUGAUCUGGGUUACUACAAACAAGUACUUAAAAGAAGGGGUCUGUUUACGUCUGAUGCAGCUCUGACCACAAACUCCACUACAAGGUCUGAGAUCAUUCAGCUUGCCCAGGGCACACUUUCUAAUUUCUAUGCAGAAUUUGCCAAGUCCAUGGAAAAGAUGACUAAGGUUGGUGUCAAGACUGGAUCAUCAGGUGAGAUUAGGAAGAAUUGUGCAGUGUUGAACAGUUAAGCUCAGGGUUUGGGUCUGUUCUUUAUUGGCUUCUUUGUAAGUUCAUGGAUUGUGAUAAAUAAAAGUUUAAUUUUUUAAUUCAGAAAUUAUGUUCAAUGAAAUGGUCUUUGAUCUUUUUCUUUC